CCAGCAGGAAGACCAAGAAGAAGGAAGGGGGAGCUCUCCGGGCCCAAAGGGCUUCCUCCAACGUCUUCUCCAACUUUGAGCAGACCCAGAUCCAGGAGUUCAAGGAGGCGUUCACAUUAAUGGAUCAGAACCGAGAUGGGUUCAUCGACAAGGAGGACUUGAAGGACACCUAUGCCUCCCUGGGCAAGACCAACGUCAAGGACGAUGAGCUAGACGCCAUGCUUAAGGAGGCCUCAGGCCCCAUCAACUUCACCAUGUUCCUGAACCUGUUUGGAGAGAAGCUGAAUGGUACGGAUGCUGAAGACACCAUCCUAAACGCCUUCAAGAUGCUUGACCCAGAUGGCAAAGGCAGCAUCAACAAAGACUAUAUCAAACGUUUGCUGAUGUCCCAGGCUGACAAGCUGACUACAGAAGAGGUGGACCAGAUGUUCCAGUUCGCUUCCAUUGACGCUGCUGGUAACUUGGACUACAAGGCAUUGAGCUACGUGAUCACACACGGCGAGGAGAAGGAGGAAUGAG